UUUUAGAAAGCCCAAUCUCUUUCUCCAGCGUCCCUCUCUCCUCUGAGAGACUCAAACAUGGCUGAAUCAACAAAGAACCAGAGCACCAAUGGAGAAGAAGAAGAAGAAGAAGAUGAUUACAUGGGGGACCUCACUCAGUUUAUUCCUCCCGAACCCUCUAUCCCCACCAAGUCUUCUCUCGGAAAGAAUCCGAGUAGUCAGCAGAUGACUACUCAGUCUUCAAAGAAGAAGUCCAAGACCUUGAAUUGGCAGGAACAUCGUAAAAUUGAAAGAGAGAGAAAGCAACAAGAAGAGGAUGAGUUAACCUUGGCCAAAAUAGAGGCGCCAAUUCCACAAUCUAACAUUGGGUUCAAGUUGUUGAAGCAAAUGGGUUACACGCCUGGUUCGUCACUUGGAAAGGAGGGUGCAGGCAGGGUUGCACCAGUGGGGCUUGAGAUUCGAAGGUCACGAGCUGGGAUAGGCCGCGAGGAUCCACAUAAGGAGAAGAGGAAGAGAGAGGAGAUUGAGAUGGAGAGGAACCGGAGGAAAGAGGAGGCUCUGAUGGCAGAGUUUGGGUCUAGGCAAAAGUCACAAUGGAAGAGUCGUAGAGUUACCAUGAAUUUUCAUAAGGCAAAGGCAGCUCUUGAUCAACUGGAGAACAAAGAAGUAGUGCCAGAGAAGAAGGAGGACGAUGAAGAGGGUGAACAAGAAGAAGAGGAAGAGGAAGUAAUAACAGAAGAGGAUUUGCAAGAUAUAUUGUUGAAACUGAGAGAGGAAUAUCAGUACUGUCUCUUCUGUGGAGUUCAGUAUGAAUCAUGGGAAGCUCUUUCAUCCAACUGCCCUGGAACUAAUGAGGAUGACCACUAAACGGCAUAAAUGCAGACAUCCAAAUGCCCGCUUGUUCAGCAGAAUUCCGCAGUUGGAAGUCCUGAUGCGUACAAUGUAGAGCUCACCUCUGAUGUGAGAUCGUUGCAUAAUCCCUUCCAUUUGUGCCAAUGCCGGUGUCGACCCUUUGUAAUGCUGCUUUUUAGAGUCAGCAUGAGCUCGAACCAGAAAGAAUCAAAUCCAGAUUUCAUUCUAGAUCAGAGUUUGCCAGUAAAACAGUAUUUUACUGAAUGAGUUUGUAAAAGGUCUCCCGAAUUAUGAGCUGGAUUAGAUGUGUUACUGUAUUGACGUGUU